AUGUGUUUUGAUCGACAAUAUUUAGCGAUUGAUAAUUUAUCAUUAGAAUUAUCGAUUGAAUUAAUAUUAACAUGUACAAAAAGUGAAAAUCUUCCAGCUGAUUUACGUGCAGCAUUUUGUCGUUUAAUGGUUCAUAUGCAUGUAAAUCGUGAUCCACAAGAAGAAGUAACACGUAUUAAAUAUGCAAGAUUAUGGAAUCAAGUUAAACCAGCUAUUUCAUUGAAUGAUUAUGAUCAAACAAUAAGUGGAUCACUUGAACCAACAGAAAAAAAUGAAAAUCGACCGAAAUUUGAAUCAACUAUGAAAUUUGUUGAAGAUUAUCUUAAAACUGUUGUUGAACAACCAAAUUCAUUUUCUGAUGUUGAACAAAAUAAAUUAACACAUGAAGUUGUUAAUUUAGCUCGUCGUUUGAUAUUUUUUGGUUUUUAUAGUUUUGAAGAUUUACUUAAAUUAACUCAAACACUUCUUGGAAUUCUCGAUACAAGUAAAGUUUUAUCAACAACUGUUCGCCCAUUACCAAUCGAACAAGUAACAGCAAUUGUAACAAAUAUAAAAUCAAAUAAAUAUGAUCAUGUUAUUUCAACUAAUAGUUCAUAUAAUGUUAAUGAUGUUGUAACUGAACAACAAAGUGAUGUACUUGAUGAUUUAGCAUAUGAAACAAAAAUGAAUGUUAUUGCUAUUCUGGAAUUUAUUCUUGAUAUUCGUCUUGAUUUUCGUAUUUCACGACUUAUAUCAAUUUUUAAACAAAAAUAUGAUCGUCUGGAACCGAAUAGUAAUUUCAUUGGCACAGAUUUACAAAUUGCUGAUAUUGAAUGUAUAUUUGAUAUGAAUUCAACACCUAUAAAUGAACCUAAUCUUGAUUUGGAUGAUGCAAAAGGAAAAAUAUUUCUUAAAGUUUUACUUAAUUUAAUCAUGCAUGAUUAUCAACCAUUAGUAUCACGUGCAUUAUCAUUACUUUUUCGACAUUUUAAUCAACGUAAAGAAACUUUACAACAUUUAAAUCAAGUACAAUUACUUGUUAGUGAAACAGAUAUUAAAAAUUAUAAACAAAUUAAACGUGAUUUGGAUCAAUUAAGAUUAUUUGUUGAAAAAUCUGAAUUAUGGGUUUAUAAAAAAGGAAAAGAUGGAACAUCACUAACAAGUGGUGGAAAUGAAACGAAUGCUGAUCAAGAUGAUAGAAAAGAUGAGGAAUUUGAAAUUAAGAAAUUGGCUAAUUCAUCGGGUUUGUCCGAUCCGGAUAUGGAUAUUAAUGGUCCUAAUGUAAGCGAAGAAUCAGCAUAUCGAUAUACAUCAAUAUUCCAGAUUCUUCGUCGAAUGAUGAAAUUAUGUGUUGUUGAGGGUAGUGAUGAAAAUCUAUAUGCUCGAGAAAAUGAACAACGUCUAUUAAGAAAUAUGGAUGUGCACGUCGUUGUACUUGACCUAUUAAAAAUUCCAUAUGAUAAAGCUGAAGAUACUCGAAUGAAUCAUAUAAUGAAAUUAGCACAUAAUCUUUUACAAUAUUUUUGCUAUGAUAAUCCAACCAAUCAAGCUAAAUUAUAUGAAUUAUAUUUCAAUGAUUAUCAACAAAUAUCUGAAGAACAAGAAGUUGAAACAUGUUGUUAUAUAUUUAUGAAUAAUAUUCCAUUAUGUAAAACAAUAACUGAAAAACAUAUUCAACAUUUCGUUCAUUUAAUUGAACUUCAUGGAAGAAAAGUUUUAUAUAUUAAAUUUCUACAAACAAUUGUCAAAGCGGAAAAUCAAUAUAUUAAAAAUUGUCAAGAUGUUGUUAUGGCAGAAUUAGUUAGUUCGGAUGAAGUAUUAAUGUUUUAUGAAAAAGGAAAUUUAGCAGAUCUUGUAGAACGUAUGCAAUCGGAAGAUGAACGUUCUGAUCCAAAUUCAUUAUUAAAUUAUCAUAUUCAACUUGUUCAUCUAUUAGCUAUGUGUACUGAAGGAAAAAAUGCAUCAACUGAAAUUAAAUGUCAUUCAUUAAUUGGUUUAGAUGAUCUUUGUUUAAUUGUUACACAUCCUGAUUGUAGUCCAGAAGUUAAAAAUGCGUAUAUUACUUUUUUGAAUCAUUGUUAUAUUGAUACAGAAGUUGAAAUGAAAGAAAUUUAUAAUAGUCAACAUAUUUAUACUUUAAUUGAAAAUUCAUUUUGUCCUGAUAUGGAAAAACUUAUAUCGAAACCAGCUGAACGUCGUAAUUUAGAAAAAUAUAUAUUAGAUACUGUAACUGAUUUAAUCAAUCAAUUUUUCAAUUCACCAUUUUUUGAACAAUCAUCAGCACCACAGCAUCGUAAUACAGUAUUGGUAUCAUUACAUAGUCAUUUGACUCGAUUAUUAGCUGUAUCAUGGUUGGUAUCAUCACAACGUGAACGUAUUGAUAGAUGUAUUCAUAUUUUAUCAUUAAUUGCUGAUCGUCGUGGUUUAAGUCAUUUUCUACGUUCAAAUCAUGCUUCUAUAACUGAAGUAACAAGUCGUUCACGACGUACAAGUCGUAGUCAAACAGCUGAUCGAAUGCAUAGUGUUGAACAUACAUAUGGUUCAGGACAAAAACAGGAUACGUCAGAAGAUGUUGAACAUAAACGUGUUAUUGAUAGUUUUGUGGAUUUUCUAUCUCAAGUUAGUGGAAGACUUAAUCCACUUGUUCAAGCUGAAGGUAGUGUCCUCGUCGACGUUAUUCGAGCACCAUUUGCACUCUUUCCUGAAACAAAUGAAUGUCGUUUUAAAUUUCUCUAUGGAACAUUCGUUCACAAAUUAAUACAGCAUGCAAAAUAUUUGCUUACACAAACCGAAGAAAGCCUGUGUUUGCGCAUAAUGCAUGCACUCAAAUCGAUGGUCAAGAAUAAUUAUGAAUUCGACUCAAGGGGACAUAGUUUAAGAUUAAAAUUAAUUCGAAGAUAUUUUUCUGAUGAUAAACAAUAUUUAAAAUCACUUCAUCAACCAUUAAAAGAAGAAGAUGCUCUUGAAAGAUUAAGAAUAACACAAAAUGAAUUAAAUAAACAAGGAGCGAGUGAUCUUGUUGUAGAGUUAUUUAUGAGUGAAUCACCAAUAAAUAUACUUGAAGAAAGUGUUAAUUUAGCUAUAGCAUUAUUAGAAGGUGGUAAUACAGAAGUUCAGACAAGUAUUUAUCGUCAUUUACAUGGAUCUGAAACAGCCUCGGAAAAAUUCUUUCAAGUUUUUUAUGAUAAAAUGUGUAUUGCACAAAAAACUCUUAAGAGUAUGCCAUCAACAUCACUUGAUAAUAAUCAAAAUAAUGAUGAUCUUGAUGA